AUGUUUCAAAUACGGAAACAACAACCACCACCACAUCUAAAUGGAAAUAACAAUAUCAAUAAUAAUGGAGUUAAUAGAACAUCAUUUGGUAUAACGAGAUCAUCUAUGCUAUUAAAUUCUCGACAGUCAUUUAUUGAAACUCCAUCAAGUUCACAACAACAUCGACAACAAUCUUAUAAACGAAGAUCUACUUUAUUAUCAACACCCGCAUCUAAUAUAAAAAGAAGACAAAGUUCGAAUUUUCAAAAUGACAUACAAACGUCACAAUCACAACGAAGUUUUUCAAUACCAAAUCGACCUUCUCAAACACCAAUACGAACUUCAAAUGAUUUACGACCAAUUAAAGAUAAGAAAUAUCAAGAAUUAAUUCAAAAAGAGAUAUAUUCAUUUUUAAUAGAAAAUAAGUUUGAAACUAAAACAAAUAUUACAAUAAAUGAAAAUACAUUAAAAUCACCAACUCAAAAACAUUUUAAUGAAAUAUUUAAAUUUCUUUAUUUACAAUUAGACCCAUAUUAUAUAUUUCAAAAGCCUAUUGAACAAGAAAUGAUAUUAAUUUUGAAAAGUUUACAAUAUCCAUAUUUAAAUUCAAUAUCAAGAUCUCAUUUUAGUGCCGUUGGUGGAUCAAAUUGGCCUACAUUUUCAAGUAUAUUAUUCUGGUUGGUGAAAUUAAAUUUAGAAAUUUUAAAUCUACAAGAAGCUGACUUUAUCACAAAUGAUGAAUUUGAUAAAAUUCAUAUAAAAUAUACUAAAGAUUCAUAUGUAUUAUUUAUAAAUGGUGAAGAAGAUACCGAUCCUUAUUAUGAUGAUAUGAAAAAUGAAAUGAAUAAUUUAAAAGAAAAGUUGGACCUUGAAUUAGUUGAAUUGACAGAACAAAGAGAUAAAUUGGCUGAAAAAAUCGAAUUAUUAAAUCAAGAAUUAUACAAUAGAAAUUUAAUAGAUGAAAAAUCAAUCGCAUUAGAAGAUGAUUAUAUUAAAUUAAAAGCAUUUAAUGAUAAUGUUGAAAAAAGGAUACCCGAUUGGAAUAUAAAGUUACAACAAUUAUCAAAUGAAUUAAUACUAUUAGAAGAAAAAUAUAAUGAAAUAAAUAACGAGAAGAAUAAUUUAACUAAUGAAUUAAGCCUACGGAAUAAAUCAAUUGAUGAAAUCAACAAUCUAUUUAUUACUAGAGAUAAACUAUCAAAAGAUAUUGAAUUAGUGACUGAUAAAGUAGAGAAAUUAAAUGUCCAAUAUGAAAAAAGAGUAAAUGAAUUUGAAACAAAUUUUCAAAAGUUAAAUCAAUUAUGUGGAAAUUAUAAUCAAUCAGUUAAAAUGUUAAAUUAUGGUAAUGAUUAUAAUUUUUCGAUUGAAUUAAAUAAUUUAACAAAAAAUGAAGGUCUUGAAAAACAUCAAAUACUAAAUAAGAAUUUAAAAGAAGAAUUUUAUCAAUUACAACAAAUUGAAUUAAAUACAAAUAAACAAGUAAUGCAAGAAAAAGAAAUUACACGUAAACAAACAGAAGAAUAUGAAUCAUUAGUUGAGAAAAUUAAAGAACAAACAUUUUAUUUAGAUGAAUUAAAAUUACAAGAUGAAGAAUUAAAGAAAAAUAUUGAAGAAAUACAACAACAAAUGUACCGUGAACAAGAUAAAUAUACUAAAGAAAUAAAUAAAUUAGACCAUCAAUCAAGAGAAAUGAAGAAUUCAAUAAGUGGUGAUAUUUUAGAAUUAGAAGGUAAAUUAAGAGAUACAUAUAUUACAAGAAGUAAAAUUCAAGAAGAAAUACUGAUUAAAAGACAGGAAAUGGAAGAACAACAAAUGAAGAUAACAUCAUUCGUAAUAAAUUUUAGAAGAAGUAUUCAAGAGAAGUUAAUAAAACUUGAUGAUUUUAUUCAAAUCGAAUUACAAAAAUUCGAAUAG